CUUAUUCGUUUUUAAAGUUUAAUAAUAAUAAUUAUUAUUUAUUUAUAAAGUUUAGGGUUUUGAUUGAAGAUGAGCUGCACUUUGGAGGAUCCAUCACUGGAGAGGAACUUUAAGGGCCACAGGGACACCGUCACCAGCGUGGACUUCAACUCCAACAUGAAACAAAUAGCUACAGGAUCGCUGGACUCGUGUGUGAUGAUCUGGAACCUGAAGCCUCAGACCAGGUCCUACAGGUCCGUGGGUCAUAAGGACGGAGUGACGAGCGUCCACUUCUCUCCAUCGGGUCAGCUCCUGGCUUCAGCCUCCAGAGAUAAGACCGUCCGCCUGUGGAUCCCCACCGCGAAGGGUGAGGGCUCGGUGUUUAAAGCCCACACUGGUACGGUGCGCAGUGUGCACUUCUCCAGCGACGGACAGACGCUGGUCACCGCGUCAGACGAUAAAACCAUUAAAGUGUGGACGGUCCAUCGACAGAAGUUCCUCUUCUCCCUCAGCCAGCACGUCAACUGGGUCCGCUGUGCCAGGUUUUCACCAGACGGGAGGCUGAUCGUCUCGGCCAGCGAUGAUAAAACGGUGAAGAUUUGGGACAAGGACGGUCGAGAGUGCAUCCACUCGUUCUGUGAGCAUGGAGGGUAUGUGAACUAUGCAGAUUUCCACCCCAGCGGUACGUGUAUAGCAGCGGCGUGUACGGAUAACAGCGUUAAAGUGUGGGACGUUCGGACCUACAAACUCCUGCAGCACUAUCAAGUGCACGGCGGAGCAGUGAACGGUUUAUCGUUCCACCCGUCCGCCGAUCGCCUGAUCACGGCUUCCUCCGACUCCACCCUGAAGAUCCUGGACCUGCUGGAGGGGCGACUGCUCUACACGCUGCACGGCCACCAGGGUUCGGUGACCUGUGUGACCUUUUCAAAAUCUGGUGAAUAUUUCGCUUCUGGUGGAUCAGAUGAACAGGUGAUGCUCUGGAGGACCAAUUUCGAUCGUGGUGAUUAUGGUGAAGUUCUGAAGGACCAGAGGACCCGUACACAUCCACCUCAGGUUCCCGGUUCCCCUCCCUCUCGCAGCCGGAGUUCCAGCAGGAGUGUUCACACGUCUCGUGGAUCGGAGCCUCGCCCCGCCUCCGCCCGGAUCGCCUCAGAUCGGCCGGCGCCGGACGGGCGGGUCUCUCCUACGGUCACCAGAACCCUGGAACACAUCGUGGGUCAGCUCGACGUUCUCACACAGACGGUGGCGAUCUUGGAACAGAGACUCACUCUGACCGAGGAUAAACUGAAGGAGUGCAUCAAAAACCAGCGCACCAUCAACCAGCACCUCCAGUCCAGCCAGCAAACUCCAAUCUGAUCAUCCCAGUCAGCAGGUCUCUCUCAGUCUGGGUCCCAGUACGUCUCAUCCACUCACCCCUACUCUGCUCUGUUUAUAAACUGUGGUACCUCCACACCAAAAAGUGACUUACAGGACUGUGACAGUACAUGAUCUAAACAAUCAAGGGCUAAGGGUCCUGCUCAAGGGCCCAACCGUGGAAACCUGACAGUGGUGGGGCUCGACUGAACCGGCACGAAUUCCCACAGACACUCUAUGAAAUCUCAUGGGAAAAACCCUUUCAGAAGAGUAGAGGCUGUUAAUGCGGCUCUAUAUCAGUCCCUAUUAGAUUUGAAACGUGAUAUUUAAAAAGCUUACGGUCGGGUGUGCUUCUGACUGUGCAGCAACAGUUUAGGGAAGGUCCUUUCCUGUUCCAGCAUGAGUAAGCUCUAUAAGGAGAUGAAGAAACUCCAGCGUCCUGCACAGAGCCCUGACCUCAGCCCCACUCAACUGCUCUGGGAUGAACCGGAACACCGACUGAUCGAUCAGCGCCCAGCCGUACCCAUGCCGUCACCUAUUGACUGAACGGGCACAAAUUCCCACAGACACACUUUAAAUUCCUUGUGACUGUUGUUCUAACCCAAAACAUCACAUGGACGUCACUCCAGUUUAAUACUGUUAGUUUUCGGAACCGGACGUCCAGCAAGCUCACACUCAGGCGUCCAAAUACUUUUGGUCAUGUAGUGUACGUUUCCUCACUCACAACCAGGGGAAAUACAGAGCAGCCAAUCCACCCUCUGCACGUCUUUGGUGCUGUAGGUGUGAGAGAGCCCUGGAGGAAGCACUGGGAGAACAUGCCAAACUCAGGAACCAGAAGCAAGGAUGGGAUCCAGGUCUUGUUUGUAUAUUUUUGUAUUUUUGUAACAUUUAUUGUAGAAAUAAUAAAGAUAAGAUGAAGGUU